AUGUUUUAUUUUAGCGGAUUUUUUGCUUAUUUAUUAUGUUGGCUUUUCCUUCAGGAAUUGCAAGAUUUGGGUAGAGAUCCACCUGCACAGUGCAGCGCAGGACCAGUCGGCGAUGAUUUAUUUCAUUGGCAGGCUACUAUUAUGGGGCCACCCGAGUCACCAUAUCAAGGCGGAGUGUUCUUUCUCACAAUUCACUUCCCCACAGAUUAUCCAUUUAAACCACCGAAAGUAGCGUUUACCACUCGUAUUUAUCAUCCGAAUAUCAAUAGUAAUGGAAGUAUUUGUUUGGAUAUACUUCGUUCGCAAUGGUCACCAGCUCUGACUAUAUCGAAAGUGUUGCUUUCAAUUUGUUCGCUGUUAUGUGAUCCAAAUCCAGAUGAUCCUCUGGUGCCUGAGAUUGCGCGUAUCUAUAAAGGUGAUCGAGAACGGUACAAUCAGUUGGCUCGUGAAUGGACACAGAAGUAUGCAAUGUGA